UGCUAUUGGAGUUUUGAGCUGGUGCAAUGGUAGAAACUUGGUAUUUGAGGUACUAGGUUUAAUUCCACUGAGCAGCGCAUUCUAAGGGAGAUUUGUGAUUUAAAUGGAUUUUAUCGUUUGUGAAAUUUCUUCAGUUGCCAAUUCCAUGACCUCCACGGGCGCCAUGAGCAGACGGUCCCUCUUCGUAGUGUUGAUUCUGUCCAUCCUGGUUCAGGGGAGCCUGCAGCAGUACGGGCAUCUGGAGGAUCCCCCCGCGCGAGGAUCAAUGUGGCGUUACGGGUUCAACACCCCUGUCAACAAUCAGGAUAACUCCAUGAAUUGUGGGGGAAAACAGGUUCAUACAAGAAACCGCUUGCAGUGCGGGGUUUGCGGGGACGCUUAUGACGGACCACGUGCCCAUGAGUACGGGGGACGAUAUGCUACAGGACUCAUCUCCAAAUCGUUCCCUCCAGGAACGGACCAAAUUCAAAUAACAGUCAGGACGAUGAGUCAGCAGUUAGGGAGUUAUGAAUUCCGAAUUUGCUCAAAAGACAAUAUUCAUGGUGGCGUUACGCAGGAGUGCCUUGACCAGAAUGUACUAAUGGUGAAAGACAAUACUGCUGUUAAUUCUGUUUUUAGACCGAGAUAUUAUGUUACUCCAUCAAUAAGAAAUAUGCCGAAUCAUAAAAUCACAGCUAAAAUCCCAAAUGGAUUGACCUGCAAGCAUUGUGUAUUACAAUGGAAAUUUAUAUCAGUACCUGAUAGAAAUGGAUAUAGAGAAGAAUAUAUAAAUUGUGCUGAUGUGAGCAUAGGACAAAUCACACCUGUGGCAGGAGCAGGAAACUUACCCCCGGGUCCAGUGGCCUCGGGUGCUAGUAACUUAGAUAAUGCUUCCACUGCAGACAUGACGAAUUCUGAACUUCUGGAGGCUUUGCUCGUUUUGGCGGACGUGAAUCCUGUACCCGACAAAGUUACACCUCUGUCCAACCCUAUCAGUUCCGGUACACAACCCGAGGGAAACGUAGCAAAACACGAAGAGCUGAUUCAUCAAUUACAGAGUUUAGGUGUACUGGUACCCGUAGACACGCCAAAUCAAGCAGGUCCUAACACAGUAGAAUCCUUGUUCACGUCGCCAGACGCCCAUUCAAACCCGGACUAUUUUCUUGAGCAGUUACAAAAUCUUGGUGUCUUAGUACCUGUUGACCCAACUCCUACGUCUACAAACACUGCAGCACAGCAACCAACUUCUUCACAAAGCUCAACUUCUAAUAUGAUGGAAUCUAUAGCCCCUAAUAUAAACCAGUCACCAGGUGCACACAUGAUGCCUCAGAACCAGCAACAGCUUCUUCAGCCCCUACAAGAUAUUGGCGUAUUAGUUCCUGUUGAUCAAGUCCUCAAAUCUGGAGAACAAUCGAACAAAAAUGUGUUUAAAGCACAGGAAACUAAAAUUCAAAAUAAUCGUGAAAACGAACUUGCAAAGCAACUUGAAGGUUUGGGUGUAAUUGUACCCGUGGGGCACAUUGUUCAAUCUCCAAAUAAUCCUGCAACGAAAGACGUUCCAACAUCUCAUGAUCCAUUCAAUGUCCCAAGAUCACCUAAUAUACGACCUACCAAUACUUUUCCCUCUCAGUCGACUCAUUCGAAUACUUUUCAAUCGAAUAAUUUUCAAUCGUCACAAUCAUCUCAAAAUACGCAGACCCAACGACGAAAAUCUCAACUUGGUGACAUCUUUAAUACAAAUACUGCAAGCCAUAAUCAAAAGACAAGUUCGCAACAGGCACGCAAAAGCAGUUCUAGUUUUUCUUCGUCACAGGAUGGAUUUGUUGUGUCUCCACAAACUUUUAUGGAAUCAUCCAGUGCAAUGUUUUCGUCAUCGUCAUCUUCAUUUAGCAGCAGUGGAUCAGCAUUUUCGAGCAGUAAUACUCAAAUCGACAGUGUAGAACCACCUGGAGCUAAUUCUCAGUUUGGAAAUUUCGGAAGUUCGCCCAAUAGAAUACAGCUAAACACUGACCAACAACAACAACAACAACAACAAAGGACGAAAAGUGAACAAAACACGAUGAGAACAAGAAAUAAUUUUAGUAAAUUUCAAUCGAUUUCUCCUAAAAGUCAAUUUAACAACCUAUCUCCACAACGUUGGCCACAGCAGCAAAAUCAAAAUUCGUUAUCUCAGAAUUUUCAAAGCAGAAAUUCAGAAGGAGGUUUUGGACUGAGUGGAAACAACCAACAAUUGUUGUCCCCUGGUGGAGCUUUUCUAGGUGAUGUUGUUCAAGGAUCAGAUAAAAGACAACACGGGUUGCAAACACUUUCUAGUUUUGACCAGGGUCUUUCUAGCCCAGCAGGAUCAUUAAGUUCUAGUAGUUCAUCACAGUCAACUGUGGAUAGUUCUGGCAGUAAUCAAAACAUCGCUAUCGAUAAAAAACCGGUAAACCAAGUCAUUGAAUCCAGAAAAGAAACAUCGUCUGUCAUCAAUAAGAAUUCUAAUUCCAUCAAAUCAUCGACAGAGACAGGGCCCUUUGGAAACAAGGAAAGUAAAUCAACAAUAACAUCAGAAAAAGCCACAGAACAUAAAAAGGAAGCAGCAAAUACUUUGACCAAGGUUGGUGUAAAUGGAAUUGUACAAGGUAAUACACAGUCUGUGUCUAACUCUGCAAAAGGAACAGAAAAAAUUGUAUCAAAUGUGGACAUUAAGAGUAACAAUGCAGUAGAUGGUGAUAUUAAUGCCGUAAGUUCAGUUUUUACGAAAAUUGCUGCUAAAAAUGUAAAGGAAAAUGUAUUAAAAAACGCUAAAACAAAUUUGAAUGACAGUGCUAUUCAUUUUCAAGAAGCCACUGUCAAAAAUAAAGCUUCUAGCAGUAUUGUGGAUGCUUUUAAGAAAACGAAACAUGCAAACCCAACUGAAGAAGUGAGUCUUAAUGUUCCUUUAAAUCUAAAUUCUGACGUAAAACAAGGACAAUUUACGAAAACAAUUAUUGAUUCUGCUUUGGAUGUUACAAACGCGCACAAUACUGUGGAUAAAAAUGCACAGUUGAUAAAAGAACACAGUGAUUUGAUUGAUAUUAUCCCAGGUAUAGAGGAACUUACUGGUAGCAAAGCGUCACCUGUGCCGCAAAACCAACCUGUGUUUGAGCCUGAGAAACCUGUCGAUCCAGUUUUGAUCUAUGAUGUAACUUCAACGCCCAAACCAACUACAACAACACCGACACCUGUGAAGAAAACUUUAACAAUAGAGGUCCCUUCACUUGAUAUGCUAAUGCCAAUUCAGAUAACAACACCCCCAAUAACACUGCAAAAACUUAUCAUGACAACAGCUCCAGCGGCAGUUGAAUAUACAAAGGCACCAACAACAAUGUUGCCCCCCACAACAACAUACCGGUAUACCGUGUCACCUUCUUUCCGCCAAGUACCCCUUGAAUCUAUCAAUAACUCACCGGCAUUUCCUGCCGUUGAUUCUUCUAAAAGUUCCUCGGUUUUAAUGGCCUCCUCUCUUCCAAAUUCUGGUAACACAACAUGGGGAACCAGAGAAAAACUUAUUGACCAACAAGGAAGGGAGAGUGUUUGGGUAUCACCUAAUGACCCUUCCGGUCAGGCCUCGCCCAUUAAAAAUAUAUCUUUUCCAAAAGUUGAAAGACUCAACCCAUCGUUUGAUCCAAACUUGCUGGUACAGACUACGACCGAAACAACUGUUAAGGAUUUACCACCACUUGGAGGUUUAAUAAAGGAAAACAAUAAAAAUAACAACAACAACAGUAUGAAGAGAGUACAGCACGGUCUAGACCCGUUUCUUUUCGGCAUCGGAGCUGUCCCAAAAUUUGACCAAAGACAACAACGUCCAACUAAUGUAAAUGCACAAGUGCCGAGACAAUUAACCAAUUCUAAACCCAUUCAAAACAACAAUUUGAAGACCAAACAAGCUUCGGUUUCAUUUAAAAGAAAUGGUUUAACCAUUCAAAAGUCAAUAGUCCAAAAUCCGUCAGUUCAACGUCAGUCGUCCACUGCUUCUGUGCAACUUCCAAAUAUUGGCAGCCUACUUCGCGACUCAAGAGCUGGUGAAAGACAACCAACUUCUCAAUCUUCUCAGAAUAACUCAAAUCAGAGGAGAACAACAAACUUGCAAGUAAAUCGACAACAAAUUCCAGAAAAUACAGCGCGAGUGGAAGUUGUUGUUAGAAAUCAUGAAGAUUCAGUAAAAUUCUUUUCGACGAUUAACAAUUUCCCUCCAGCACAGCGACGCAGAAUACUGGAAUUACUCAGACAAAAUCGUGUCACUAACCUACAAUUUACUAAUCCUCAAUUUCUCGCUCAUCUUGCAAACAUUCAAGUACAAAGAGUUCCUACUCCGAUUCGUCCAACACAAGCCCAGAUAACUCACUUCAUGCAGAGACUAUCUACAACACCAAACGGGCGCCGUCUAUUGCAACAAUGGAGACAAAGAAUGAGGAAUGAAUUCCUACAGCCCCAAAGAGCAGAAACAGUCGCACCUCCAACAAUAGUUCAGGCUACAGCUACUCCUCGACGCGAAAAUGUAUCAGAAACUACCUCCACAGACACAGCUAAUCAAGGUGCUACUCCGACUUUAGCUACAUUUUUACAGCAAGAACAACCCGUCGUAAAUGUUCGACAACAGUUUAGCUCAGCAGUUAAUUUGGUUCGUCAACUUCAGCGUGAACAACAGGCAGAGGAAUUGCUUCAACAACAUCUACAAGAAUACACAAGAAGUGGACAGUUUACACUUGCAAGAACUGUUUUGAAUACAUUGCAGCUGCUUCAGGAGAGAAAAUCAGGUUUGAUGCAGCAGAUCCAAGAGCUUCGUCGAGAAAUUCAGGCAUCGGGCAAUAGAUUACAAGCGGAAAUAACAGAAGCGCCUCUGCAAAGGUCUGCUUUACGAGCAACAAACACUGUGUCUCCAAGUAGAUCCCAAAUAUCCCCAACACAGAGGCAACAAUCAUCAUCAUCGUCAUCUUCAUCCCUGCCAUCACAAACUAUAUCUCAACAGAUGCAACCACAAGUAAACCAUCGACAACAAUCUGUGCAAGCGCAAAGACAACAAAUACCGACUCUUAACAACAACCAACUUCAACGAUUUAUGGCAAACAUGCAGCGAACCUCUCUGAACAGAAUACCGACGCCCGCUGGCAGUCUUUCGCCACAACCGGCACCAACUAACAACAGAGAAGCACGUCUCCGGAACUUGCUGAGGAAUGCUCGACAAAAUCCAUUCCAAGGGAUCAACAGAAGCCAAAAUAGGCCAGCAUUUCCCAUGAAUAAUGCACGUAUGUUUGGUUGAUGUUAUCCAUAUCAUGGAUAGAAAUAUCAAAGGAAUUCCGAAGAUGAAGGCGUGUAUGUAAUGAUGUGCCAACGUUUCGUGAUCCAUUAGGAUAGACUGCCUUUUCACAAAGCUAUCAAAUGGACAGUUCGGAACUAUUGAAAGAGACUAAUGUCCCUGUACAUCGACGUUAGCAUUUCGUGUUUCGUACAUACCUUAGUGGCCAUUAUGAAAAAAAACUCGACGUUGUAUAGAACUCAGGAACUUGUGCAAUACUGCCAUAAGAAUGUGGUUGUGUUCUUCAUCAUUUGUGUUAUCGUAUUCUAUUUAUUUAUUCUAACGACUCAUCUCUCAUUGGUCCUGUCCAUAUCCUCAUACAUAUGCAAACUGUAUAUUUGUAAGUAAAUUGGUAUUUGAGUGUAAAAGAACGUAACAUAAAAUGGCAUUCGAUUAUAUACAUAGUCUAUUAAUUCUCCCAAGACAAAACUCAGUACUCUUUCAGUCAUCCAUUUUUAUGACAUAUGUAAAUACACUAUUCAUGUAUAUGCUAUCGUUCUCAUUAAUUACUUCGCUGUGGACAAUUGUUAAACGAAAUGAAUGUCAAAUGUUGAUAAAUAGCCUAAUAUGCACUAUUCAAUAAAAUGCAAACUUACUAGGUAAA